UUUUAAAAAAAUGGGCCGACAAUUAGAAUUUCCUUCUUCCCCUUUCCCCUUCUUUCCUCUGCUUUCUCACUUCCCCUCUCUCUCCUGGGCUCCGCCGUGAUCUUCUGAGGUCGAAAUCCGGAAUGAAUAAAAGUUAUGCUGAUGUGGCAAAUGCUUUCCUUCAGAUUUUCUUUUGUUUUUGUAUUUCAUUCCCUUCUUAGUCUUCUCACGCUCCUCUGUGUAGGGGACUAUGAUUACCCCUAUCAUUAUAAUUCAUCUAGUUUUCUCCGAAGCAGCAUAACACCACCGCUGGACGAGAACCCAACACCGUGCAUGGCCUCUCUCUGUCGCGGUCAUAUUACAACCGAAAUUUGCCAGAAGUGUAUCGCCUCUGCCUCCAUCGAUGUAGCUCAGCGUUGCCCCACUGGGUAUGAAGCUGUAAUCUGGUAUGGGCAGUACAUGGUCCAUUAUUCUAACCGGUCGAUCUACUCCGUCAUGACCACUGGCCCAAAGGAAGAUUUGAUGAUCAGUCGGGAUGUUCUAGAACGAGUGACUCAGAAGUUUGCGACCAAAGAAGUGAAAUUUAACGAGUUUCAAGACGUGUGUAGGCUCGCGCAGUGUACGCCAGAUAUUUCCGGCGACGAAUGCAACAGAUGCCUUCAGUUUGCCAUCGGAGGCUUACCGGAAUGUUGCAGCGGGAAAGAGGCAGGAUUUGCAUUGUACCCAAGUUGUAUUCUUAGAUAUCAAAUUACCCCUUUUAUUACCAAACCGAAGCUGCAGCACCGCCGUCUGGGCAGCUACUCGACCUCCUGUAAAUCCUCCAUCUCCAGGUCAGGAAAAGGGCAGAUUAAUCCGGUACCAUUAUCAGCAUUAUUGUUUCAAGAAUUCGUUCCUCGGGUGAUUUUCUCCAUUGGCUUGUAUUGGAUACUAAUCUGGAAAGCAAGGAAAAAGAAAACUAGACAGCUAAACAAAGAUAAUGGUAUAUGUUGGAAGCAAAACGGGGGACCAAUAUUACAGUUUGAUUUUUGUAUAAUUGAAGAUCCCACAAACAACUUUGCACAUGCUAACAUGAUUGGUGCUGGUGCAUUUGGCGGGUUGUAUAAGGGGGUAAUUGCUAAUGGACAAGAAAUAGCGGUGAAGAGGCUAUCAAGAAGCUCUGGACAAGGUGGGGAGGAAUUUAAGAUUGAGGUUGUACUGUUAGCCAAGCUUCAGCACCAGAAUCUGGUUAGACUGUUAGGAUUUUGAACAGAAUGAAAAGAGAAUGCUAAUUUAUGAAUUUGUUCCCAACAAAAGCCUUCACUACAUAUUUGGUCAGACCCUUCUUAACAUGUAUCUGUAUUAAACUUUCUUUUCUACAAUAGAAAUGCAUUUUAACUUGUCAAUCCAGUUCCUAAGUUGCAAUAUAACGUGUACAGAUCCUGAGAAAAGAGCAGAAAUGGAUUGGCCAAGACGUCACAAGAUAAUUAAAGGGAUUGCUUGGGGCCUGCUAUAUCUUCAUACUGAUUCAAGGCUCAGGAUCAUACAUCGUGAUCUAAAAGCCAGCAACAUGUUUGUUGGACGAGGAUAUGAUACCCAAAAUUUCAGAUUUUGGCAUGGCAAGAAUUAUUGAAGAAAAUUGAUCCCAAGAACCUACAAAGAGAAUUGUUGGUACAUGGCAUGGAGGCAUUGGAAAGAUGGGACCUCACUAGAAUUGAUGGAUCCAACUUUAAGAGAUUCUUAUGUGAUUAAUGAAGUUACCAGGUGUACCCAGAUUGGAUUGUUCUGCAUUCAAGAAAAACCAAUACCAACCAUGGCAAGAGUAGUUCUCAAGCUUAGCAGCACAUCCGUUACUCUUCCUCACCUCAACAGAUUGCAUUCAUCUUUGGCAGUAUCACAGGAGUAAGCAGUGCAAGUGUGGAGCAGGAGCCAAACAAAAAUGCGAAAAAUUCAACCUCUUUCUCAGAAGACAAUACCCCUGAUCAUGUACAGCAUUAUAGUAUUAUUAAGGGAUAUAAUACUAUUCAAUUAUUCUUUGAAGUUAUUGAAUGAAAUUAUACUUGCCUU